AUGCGCUCAUGGGGAGCUUUGGGUGUUGCGCUCCAUGCAUCUUUGCUGGCGCUGCUGGCUCAAGGGAUUCAUAAAUCCAGCGAUGGGGUGUUUAUGAGGCCGCUGCACCGUUUUGCCGUGAUGGAUCGAGGAACUGGAUAUCACCUGCCGAGCUACAUGAUGCAACUUUACAGGAAUUUCAAGUCGAAUUUUUCCGGUCUUAUGGAUACGAUGGAGCAAGAUGCCGCAAGACAAGCGGACACCGUAAAGAGUAUGAUGGCUAAAAAUUUGACAUACAGACAUAGAUCCUGGGUGGCGACCUUUGACCUCCAUGCGCUGGGAGCUGACAAACAAAUCCAGGCGGCCGAGUUGAGAAUCAAGCUACCUCGGACAAUGAAUGUUUCCAACAUUAGUGUGGAGGUCUAUCACCACCAUGACCAGGAUCAGCAGCUGCUGGCACUGCUCACAGAAUCGUCACUAGUCACAUCAUCGCAGAGCUGGAAAGUAUUCAACAUGACAAAUCCCCUCUUGAGCUGGCUUAAAGAGAAAUCAACAACAAGAAUUCGCCACAAGCGAGUGUCAAGAAGAAGAAAAGUGAUAAAGAAAAAGCGAGGCCUGCCUCUUCCCGAUGAGCUCGUUUAUGAAGCAAGUUUGACAAAAGACCAGGAUGUGAGUGACCGGGCCUUGCUGGUUGUCUUCUCACACACAGGGUUUGAUGAAAACUCAAAGGCUAAAGCGAGCUUACUCCAUACAGCUGAACAAUCCAAGUUCUUCUCCCCUGCUGAAAUCAAAAAGAGGCGAAGGAGCAAACGGGGCCAGAGAGAGCAAACAGCAAGAACCCCACAGCUGUUCAAAAGAGUGAGCGAAAAAUCACUCUGUCGCAAAGUGGACCUGCAUGUCGACUUUAAUCAGAUUGGCUGGGGGUCCUGGAUUGUCUUUCCUAAAAAGUACAAUGCCUACCGCUGUGAAGGCUCCUGCCCUAGUCCUCUGAGAGAAGACUUAAAUCCAACCAAUCAUGCCUACAUGCAGAGUCUCCUGAAGCAUUUCCACCCCGACAGAGUGGCCUCACCCUGCUGUGCACCAACCAAAAUGAGCCCACUGAGCAUGUUGUACUAUGAAAAUGGAGAGAUGCUCCUUCGACACCACGAGGAUAUGAUUGUGGAUCAGUGCGGGUGCCAGUGAAAGCUAAAACCAGGCUUAACACUGUACAGAAAUUCUUGACAGAACCAAGUAAUUUCUGAAAAUAAAAUAAAAUAAAAUAAAAUAAAAUAAAAUAAAAUAAAAUAAAAUAAAAUAAAAUAAAAUAAAAUAAAACAUUUAUACAGAAGGA